CAAAUAUUUGGGGCCGGACAACGCACCGCGCUUUCUUCCCACUCCACGCAAACUGCAAUGGCCGGCCCAUUCUACGCUCGAUACGUCCCGCCUCGGGCCCCCGUCAUCGCGGCGACUCCAGUGAAGCCGCAGACGCUCCUCGAGGUGCAAGAUCCCGCUCCCGCUCCGCCCACCACCGCCGACGCCACGACACUGGAGAGGAAGGAGCGCAAGAAGAAGAAAAAGGAGAAGGCGCCCAAGAAGCGAAAGAGGCCGGAGAACGAAGAGGUUGUGGAAGAGGAUGAAGAGACGCAGAUAAAGAAGCACAAGGGCGUGCUGUCAAAGUUCCAGAAGUCUGUCCGUCUGGCGGAGGUCGAGAGGGCUGAGGAAAUACUGGCGGACACGGAGCCGCGCGAGGAGCCGGAGUUGCAUGACCUCGUCCCCUUGCCCCAGCCCGAGCCUGUCCCAGAAGCGCCGUAUGAACCCACGUUUUCUUCGCUGCCUUCGUGGCUCGCAGAGCCCGUCACUGCCCCUGCAAGCGCCCGCACCCCAUUUGACUCUCUGAACAUCGACGCCAAGCUUGUCCGCCAUCUGAGCAACAAGGGCUACAAUGAAGCCUUUGCCGUCCAGUCCGCCGUGCUGCCCUUGCUGCUGCCAGGGGCGCCCGCGAGCGUGGCAGACGUCUGCGUCUCGGCCGCCACCGGCUCCGGCAAGACCCUGGCCUAUUUGCUGCCCAUGAUCGAGAGCAUGCGACACCGAGCCGUCACGAAGCUGCGCGGCGUCAUUGUGGUGCCGACGCGCGAACUGGUCACCCAGGUGCGAGAGUCGGCUGAACUGUGCGCAACCGGUAGCGGAGUGAAGAUCGGCACGGCAAUGGGAAACCACGCGUUUCCCGUGGAACAAGACCUGCUCAUCAAGAAGAGCAGAAGAUAUGACCCGGCAGGCGCAAAGUUCCUGCACGACAAGGCAAAUGACAGUAUCGUGAACGGGUGGGCCACGCACGAUCAGCAAUUUGACGAUAUCCUGGAGACGCUGCCGGGCCACGUGCCGGUGUACGAGUCAAAGGUUAACAUUCUCAUUUGCACGCCAGGCCGACUCGUGGAGCACUUGCAGCAGAGUAAGGGGUUCCAUUUAGAGGACGUGGAAUGGCUCGUCAUCGACGAGGCCGACCGUCUGCUGGACCAAAGCUUUCAGGGCUGGGCUGAAAACGUCAUGAAGGCUCUGGAAGCAGAGAAGUCGCCCGAGAACUCCACCCCCCGCGAGAGGAUCCUUUCGAAGCUGUCGUAUCCUCCCCAGAAGCGCUACGUCAGGAAAAUCAUUCUCAGUGCCACCAUGACUCGAGACCUAAGCAAGCUUAGUGCCUUGAAGUUGCGGAGACCAACGCUAGUCGUGACCGAGGGUACUGAAGGUAUGGAAGGUGCUAAACCUGAAGGCGAGGUCUUUGACCUACCACCUACGCUAGAGGAAUGUGCCAUUCAGGUUGGCGACGGCAGUCAGAAGCCGCUGUACCUUCUGAACCUGCUGCAGAGUAGGAUAAUGCCGUACUUCCAGGAAACCAAAACAGACCAAGAGAAGAUGGAUGUGGACGACAAAGCCUCUAACGCUGACACAGCAGAACAGCAAGAACCCAUCGAAAACGUCCUCAUCUUCACACACAACAACGAAAACGCGCACCGCCUGUCACGGCUGCUCUCGCUGCUCCACCCCGCCUACGCGCGCACGAUCGGCACGCUGACCAAGUCCGCGUCGACGAGCACGUCGCGCAAGGUUUUGCGCAACUUCCGCGCGGGCAAACUGCGCAUCCUGAUCGCGUCGGACCGGGCGUCGCGCGGCCUCGACGUCCCCCGCCUCGCCCACAUCGUCAGCUACGACGUCCCGUCGAGCGUGCCCAGCUACGUGCAUCGCGCGGGACGGACGGCGCGCGCGGGCGCGCAUGGCGUCGCGUGGACGCUGGUGACGAAGAACGAGGCUGGCUGGUUCUGGAAUGUGGUUGCUAGGGGGGACUCGUUGAGGAGGGGGGAGAGGAAGAUGGAGAGGUUGAGGCUGGAUGGCGCGUUGGCUGAGGAGAGGGUGAAGGCGUAUGAGGAGGCAUUAGGGAAGCUGAAGGAGGAGGUGAGAGGGAAGGACGAGUAG